AUGAGGCGGAAUCAGUCUUCAGGGAACAUCUUGCUGGGGAUUGUCAACUGCAGUGCCACACCGCACCCCAGCGAGUGGCUGGCCACCCUGGGGGCCUCUCAAGCAAGUAUUGCCAAAACUCUCGACAGUUAUACAGACGCUGUUCCAGCUGAUGCCAGGAUCCCACUGUUUGCUACCAUGAUCGUGCUUCUGCUCGUAGGAAUGCUGAUGGCCUCACAUGGCAGGGCCCACCCUCUGGACACCCCACAUCUUCCAUGGGAGCUGCCUCCAGGACUCUCAGAAAAUAUCAACAUGACUUUCUUCAAUGGGGUGUUUAAAAAUGUGGGAGGAGUGGCCGAAAUUUUUGACUGCCUGGGCGCCCACUUCACCUGGCUGCAGGAUGUCUUCACCAACUUCCCCGCGAUGCUUCAGUUCGUGAGUGGUAUGAAGUGUGUGGCUGGUCUCUGCCCCCGGGACUUCGAAGACUACGGCUGUGCCUGCAGGUUUGAGAUGGAAGGGCUGCCUGUGGACGAGUCUGACAGCUGUUGCUUCCAGCAUCGCAGGUGUUACGAGGAGGCUGCAGAGAUGGACUGUCUGCAAGAUCCCGCCAAGCUUAGCACAGAUGUCAACUGUGUCAGCAAGAGUAUCACCUGUGAGUCCGGGGACGCUUGUGAGCACCUGCUGUGUACCUGUGACAAGGCUGCCAUAGAGUGCUUGGCUCAGUCCAGUAUCAACUCUUCCCUGAACCUUCUGGACACGUCCUUCUGUCUGGCUCAGCCUCCAGAGACAACCAGCAGGAAAGAGCUGCUGACACUUCUGCCCAGAGUGGUUCCUGUGGAGCCCACGGACUCCAGCCUGACGGCCCUCUCAGGAGAAGUGGCGGCUGAGACCAGAGCUGCCCGACUGACCAUUCUCUCCAGGACAAAACCAGGCCAAGUCCAGGAAGACACAGAAGAUGCAAGGGCCACACCUUCUCCAGAGCGCUGGGAGCUGAGCCUGGGUCAGCAGAUGAGUGGGCACGGAGCCUACCGAGGCUCCCUUGGUCUGGACCACACUGGGCUGGAGAUCUGGCCUGUGGGCUGGAGACCUCCCUGCCUCCAGCCAAAGGAGCUGGUGGGACUGAGGUCUGAGAGCAAAGGGAGAUCCAGACAGGGCCAGGGAGCCUGCACAUGGGGCAGGCAGAGCCACAUCACGGGCAGCCUUGACAGCCAUGGAGAGGACCUUGCACUUAAUUCUGAGUAUGAGGAGAAGCUGACGCAGUGCUUUGAGGAGUUUGCGUUACUGGGGUCUGCAGAGAUUGUUGCCACAGCUAAAGGCGUAACCAUCGUCCCUGCCGGCAUUAAAUCUUUGGGGUUGGCUGUGUCAUCCGUCAGAAGUGGUCCUGAGGAGACAUCUGGAAAAGCCUGUGACAGGUUCACCUUCCUGCACCUGGGAAGCGGGGACAACACUUGGGUGAUGCCACAGCUUGGAGAGAUGCUCUUUUGUCUGACAUCCCGGUGCCCAGAGGAAUUUGAAUCUUACGGCUGUUACUGUGGGCAGGAAGGACAAGGCGAGCCAAGGGAUGCUCUGGACAGGUGCUGUUUGUCCCAUCACUGCUGUCUGGAGCAGGUGAGAAGGCUGGGCUGCCUGCUCGAGAGGCUUCCUCGGUCACCAGUGGUAUGCGUGGAUGGUACCUCCAAGUGUGUGGGGCAGAGCCUGUGUGAGAAGCUGCUUUGUGUCUGUGACCAGACGGCGGCUGAGUGCCUGGCCUCCACCUUCUAUAACCAAAGCCUCAAGUCACCUGGCAGACAGGAGUGCCAGGGCCACCGGCCGUCCUGCGAGGACGGCAGCAUUUCAGCUUCGUCCCUUGGCUCCAGCUCUGAGGAGAACAGCGAGGAGGCCCCGCCCCCCAGGGAGGGCCUGAGAAGAACCAGAAGAUUCCUGGGGAAGUCACUUGGUCUCCUGGGGACCAGGCCACAACGUGGCCCCAGAUAG